AUGGGACACAAGACCAAAUUGAAAAGAUACAUCAAAGAUGAUCGACCACUAAAAUUGAAGUCUUAUGUGACCUCUCAUAAACUGUAUCUGGAGAAGGUCAUGCUUGGCCAUAGAAGAAAUCUGUUGCAUUACUGUGCCCAACAUGGUACUGCUGAUAUGUUGAGAUGUUUGCUGAAAAUGAAUUGUGAUCCAAGUCAACAAGACAAAGAUGGAAAUUUGCCUCUCCAUUUGGCAUUACAAAGAGGAUUUCUUGAAAGUAUCCAGCAAGCUAGAGAAACUCUCCUGGACAUGGUGACACCUUUGUUAGAGGCCUACCCACUGGGACAGGAUGUAGAGAACAAGGAAGGGGCUACAGGUCAGGACCUGUUGACAUCCCUGAAGAAGAGGAUCAAAUCACAAUUGUCAUGUUCCACAUUAAAGCGGCAGGCGGAAACAGACAGAAAUUAUGAUGGUGAUGAUGAUGAAUCCUGGAGACAGAAGUUGAGUGAAGAGGCUUCCUUUGAACAUGAGGAAGGAUUACCCAGAUACAGUUACAGUGAUGACGUCCAACAGGAACAAUUCCAUGAGCCAGCUGGUGAUUGGUUUGAAGAAGUAAGAAAGGAGUAUACUUCUAAGCGAUCAAGAAAACUACACACCUUCUGGCGUGAUAAAAAGCAGAAGAUCAGUGAUGUAAUCGGGGGAACCAGCGGUAAAAAAUCACACAAGCAGAAUACUGAAAAUGAUAAAUGGCAAAAUGCACGAGAAGAAAUGAAAAAACAGUACAAACCACAACCAAGUGUGGACCAUUUGAUUUUAAAGAAGAAACGUUAUGAGAGCAAAUUUACUUAUCUGCUGGGUCAUCUGUCUGGACGGACUUUGACAUACGCCUGCAUACCUUGGCCAAGUCCUGACAUCAGUCGUGUUGUUGAUGUGUUGAUGUGUGAUCUGCCGGACAACAAGAGUGCAGCAUUUCACAAGUACCUUCGGGGCCAACAGAUCCGCUGGCACCCUGACAAAUUUAUGCAGAAGCUAGGAGACCACCUACACCCAGAUCAUAAAGCAAAAAUCUUAAACAGGGUCAUGGCUAUUUCACAAAUUCUAAAUGGUCUCAAGACAAAAGUGAAUCAGUGA